AUGGACGACGAGCAGCCCGACAGCUUGGAGGGCUGGGUGCCGGUCCGCGACGACCUCUUCGCCGAGCCCGAGCGGCACCAGCUGCGCUUCCUCGUGGCCUGGAACGACGCGGAGGCCAAGUUCGCGGUGACCUGUCACGACCGCACGGCGCAGCGGCGGCGGCGCGAGGGGAGCCGGCCCGAGCCCGAGCCCGAGCCGGCCGCGUCCCCCCCGAGCUGGGCGGGCCUGCUCUCGGCCGCCGGGCUCCGCGGCGCGCACCGGCAGCUGGCGGCGCUGUGGCCGCCGCUGGAGCGCUGCUUCCCGCCGCUGCCGCCGGAGCUGGACGCGCGCGCCGGCGGGGCCUGGGGCCUGGGGCUCGGGCUGUGGGCGCUGGUGUGGCCGGCGCGCGCGGGCCCCGGGGACGCGGCGCUGCAGGAGCUGUGCGGGCGCCUGGAGCGCUACCUGGGCGAGGCGGCGAGCGGCUGCGGCGGCGCGGCCGUGCGCGACGCGCUCUUCCCGGCCGACGGCGGCGCGCCCGACUGCGAGAGCCUGCGCGACUUCCGGGACAGGGCCCUGCGCGCGCGGUGGACGGCGGCGGGCGCGCGCCUGCGCCAGGUUCUUCAGGGGCACGAGAAAGCCCAGACCAUGGUAGCACUGAUGAACGUCUAUCGAGAGGAAGAUGAGGCAUACCAGGAAUUAGUUACGGGGGCAACUAUGUUCUUCCAGUAUUUACUGAAGCCAUUUAGGGAUAUGAGAGAAGUUGCAACAUUAUGUAAGCUUAGUAUUUUGAAAUCCUUGGAUGAGGAUAAUUUGGGUCCUAAGCGGAUAGUUGCCUUGGAGAAGGAAGCCAAAGAAUGGACCAGACAGGCUGAAGAAGCCAUAGUCUCUAUUCAGGACAUUACAGUGAAUUAUUUUAAAGAAACAGUAAAAGCGUUAGCAGGAAUGCAGAAACAAAUGGAACAGGACAAGAAGAGAUUUGGCCAGGCUGCCUGGGCCACAGCAACUCCCAGAUUAGAAAAACUCAAGCUGAUGUUAGCCCGAGAGACUCUGCAGCUCAUGAGAGCGAGAGAAUUGUGUUUAAAUCACAAAAGAGCUGAAAUUCAUAGAAAGAUGGAAGAUCUUCCAGAACAAGAAAAAAAUACAGACGUUGUAGAUGAAUUAGAAAUACAGUAUUAUGAAGUCCAAUUAGAACUGUAUGAGGUUAAAUUUGAGAUAUUAAAAUAUGAAGAAAUACUGCUUAUAACACAGUUGGACUCAAUUAAAAGGCUUAUAAAAGAUAAAGAAGAGGAGGUUGUCUAUUAUGACCCGUGUGAAAGCCCAGAGGAGCUGGGAGUGCUCGCUGGCGUGGCAGGGCUGCCGGGGGACCAGAGCGCAGAGGUGAAGGAGCUGAGCCGGCAGUGCCGGCGCCUGGAGUCGCAGCGGGGCAGGAUCUGCGCCCGGAGAGCCCGUCUCAGGAACAGACAGGAUCAGUGCAGAGAGAACCAUCGGCUCCGACUGCAGCUGGCGGAAGAGAGUGUGAAACAUUUCCAUCAGCAUCAUCGUAUCCAGGUGAAAAGAGACAAGAUGAAAGAGGAAGAGCAAAAGAAGAAAGAAUGGAUAAGCCAGGAACGCAAAAAAACACUCCAGCGGCUGAGAGCAUUUAAAGAGAGAUGUCCAGGUGGCUCUGUCCUAAAGACCCCUUGCUCAGAACCUGCAGCUCCACACCUGCCAGCUGGGCCUUCCCCACAGACCCUUCCGAUGGCCUCCGGGAGCCACCUGUCCUCUGGGGAGGCUGGAGGCGCACCUGUCUCUGAAGUUAGCCACACGCAAACCCCCGGGGAUCCGCCCGGCUCUGGAAAGACCGUCCAGAGCUCUGUUCCCGUUGGCGACCAAACAGAUUGCCCAUCCAGCGAGGACUUGUCACCGCCCCCACCACCACCCCCGCCUCCCCCGCCUCCACCACCCCUCCCUGCUGGGCCCAUUCCAUAUUCUCAGUCCCCCAAUCGCCAGAACUCAUAUGGGAGGACGUCGGUGACAGCGGAUCAGCCCCUUCCCCUGGUGUGUGACUCGUCGGACUCAUCGGAGCCCAGGGCUGCAGGAGCCCAUCACUCCUCAGCGGGUUUCGGAGGCCCAGGGUCUAUGGAUGAAGUCCUGGCCGCCCUAAGGAGGGGCAGAAGCCCUCUGCAGAGGCCAGCCGUGCCCGCUCUGACCCGUCCCCACACCUCCUUCAACGAGCAGCUUCUGGCUGCCAUAAGGCAGGGGGUCAAGCUGAAGAAGGUUCACUCCGGCCUCAGCCCGAGCCCCAGCAACAAGCCAGCCAGCGACCUGGAGAGAAGCAUCAAGGCAGCGCUCCAGAGAAUCCAGAGAGUGUCCGCUGACUCGGAGGAGGAGGACAGCGAGGAGCAGGGCCCCGGCGGCGGCGAGUGGGACCACUGAGUGCUCCCCACCGCCGUCCCGGCCGCCCGCACUUGCAUGCGGUGAUGCAGGCCUGGCACCUGGGCUGGAAACGCCCCUGACAGCCUGAGAGCCCAGGGGGCUUUGCGGGAUGUCCGCAGCUCUUCUGGAAUGCUGCGGCUCCGAAAAUCAGGGCAGGAAGUCCGGGGCUGGGGGGUGACUUCCACAGGCCACAUUGGAGCUGGGAUCUUAGAUCCCACGGUAUUACAGCACAGGAGACUAGUAUCUAUUUUUUCACGAAGGAUUAUCGAGCAUCAUUCCCUUACUCAGGAAAGGAGCUGCUGCCACUGGGGUAGGCCGCGGCCUGCAGCUCCUGCCGGGUCUUCCGUGGGCAGCAGUGGUCUCCUCACCUCGAUGGACUGGAAUGUGAACACGAUUUUAGCAGGAAUCAGAGUAAGCUGCUUCCAGCCAGGAACUAUUUUAGCUAUUUUAAAUGAAAUCUAUUUUAUGUAUCAAGAACUAUAUAAACUCCUAAUAAAGAACUAUUUAUAAUG